AUGAGCGGAAACAACGAUGAUCAAUAUAUAACAUUACUUGAGAUGAUGUCAACAUAUGACAUGUUGCUAGAACAACUUCAAAAAUCGAUUUCUGAAGGUUUUAUUGAUUUAGGAAGAGCAAACUUUCAUAAUAAAGAUUCUUUAAGAGGACGAUAUGGAUCAGAUUAUUAUGAUGAAUCUUAUGAAGGUUUGAUAGAAGCUCGUAUUAAGGACGAUGGAUCCUUUUGCAUCUUCAAGAAAGAGAAUGAAACUAUAACCAAUAAUGACGAAAAUAAAUCUGAUGACGAUGAAGGGAAGGAAGGAAUUAAAUUGAGAAGAAAAAAAGUGAUACAUCAAGAAACAAAAGAACGGUCAUCUAAAAUUAAAGAUCCAAUUAGAAUGUUUGGAGCAGGGUUAUCGAUACCAUCUAGUUUAAGGCAAUCGCAAAAAAACUUUAAAAAUAGUGUGAGUGUCAUAUUUGAUUUGGUCAAUUGUAGGAACAAUUUACUUGAAAACAUCAAAAAAAUCAACGAAAAUAUGGAACAGUAA